CACAGCACAACACGGCUCUGGAGCGGAGAGGAAAUUAUGUUAUGGAGCUGAUUGUUUCUGUCUUGGGAGGGGGGGUCGUGAUUGAUCAACAUGCAGGGGUGACAAAGUGCAAUGUUCUGCCAUGACGGACAGGAGCGCUGGAUCGAGGGAGAGGUGGGAGGAAUGGCAGCAGGGGAAGCAUAAGAGGAGGAAGGAUUAGAGUUCAGAGUGCCGGAUGUUUGAAGGAACUUAAGAACAAUCUUCUGAGGUAACGGAUGUAAUAAGCAGGAUGGGUACAUUUGUGACCCUGACAGAGGUGUUGGAGGCCCGGGGUUCACCGCUGGAGGAAGAUGAAGUCUGGUGUCUGCUGCUCGCCACCACUGACGCCUUAUUGGAGAUUUCCAAAAAGGGUUCUGGUAACAUGUGCAAUGUGUUGAGCCCGGGAUCAGUGCUGCUGUCAUCCAAUGGGAGUCUCGCCUUCAAGAGCUGUGCACGAUAUGAAGAUGUGGCCUCCUUCACAGCUCCCGAGGUCCAGCAGGGUCACACUGUCUCCACCAGGACCGCAACUGAAAAGAUGGCUGUGUACUCACUGGGAAUGACUCUUUAUUGGUGUCUUGACUAUCACCUACCUCAAAGUCAGCUGGUCCAGAUGAGCUCUGAGCUGGAGCGUUUGCUCCUGAGCAUGUGCGAGGAGGUGGUGGUGAGGAGGACCGACCUGCUGACGGUGCUGGAGACCAGUGAGCUUCACCACAAGACCUCCAUGCUGCCUGCUGCUGAUCGGCUCAUCAGGCAGCUGGUGGAAGACGUCUUCAGAAACUCAGUUGAUCAUUUGUCUGUGACUGAAAAUGGAUCCCAGCUGACGGACCGUAGUCAGAUGGUCAGGGACAGAUUACACAGGGGCUCUUUUAGUAACUCGUCAUGGAUGCCUAAGAAGAAGGAGAUACCCAGAACAUACUCAGGAGUAUCUUAUCCGGCUGACUCCACAGGAAUGCCGUCGGGUGGCCGACUCAGAGAGACUUUCACCAGCUGGCAGCAUCUGAACCGCAGCCCCUGUAGUCCUUACUUGGACGGUCAUAGAAACGCCAACUCCAGAGCUCUCACGCAGUUUGAGUCCACGUCGAGUCUGAAUGACAAGAAAAAUAAGGACGUGGGUCCGGAGUUUAUUAAAGUGCUAGAUGAGCCUCUGGUUGUGUUGGAGCUGCCCGGAUCCAUUUUGUCCAAGAAGGGAAAAUCUUCAGCCACCAACAGAGAGCUCAGUGUGGUGAUGCCAAAUGGACAGAGUAUACUUGUCAAAUGUGACGUGAAAUCCAGAGGAGGGGACGUCUUAGACAUGAUCGUGGCUCAUUCAAACCUCGUGGAACAUUUUUACUUUGGCCUUGCUUUCAUUGAUGAUAAUGAGUUUUUCUUUGUGGACAAUGAUACAAAGAUUUCCAAAGUUGCUCCAGAUAGCUGGAAGAAAGUGCCUUUGACCACCUUUAUCCUUUUCUUCAGGAUCAAAUUCUUUGUCAACGACAUUUCUCUUUUGCACAAACAGACCCGUCACCAGUACUACCUUCAACUUAGGAGAGACCUUUUAGAAGACAGACUGUCCUGCCAUGAAGAGACUGCUCUGUACCUGGGAGGUCUGGCCCUGCAGACGGAGUACGGAGACUCCUUGCCUGAGGUGUAUGGUAGGAACUACUACCGGCCUGAUCAGUACGUCUCCAAGAGUGUGAUGGAGAAACGUGCCUUGCCUUACGUUCAGGGGGAGCUGCUGCGACAUCAUGCCAACAAUGCUCAGAUGCUUACAGAAGAAUCAGAGCUUGAAUUCCUAAAGGUGUGUCAGCAGUUGCCUGAGUAUGGCGUCUUCUUCUAUCGUGUAACGCGGGAGAAAAAGGCUUCAGACGGUGAGAUCAUCCUUGGCGUGUGUGCCAAAGGUGUCAUCGUCUAUGAGGUUAAAGAUGGCUGCAGAUCAACAGCCCAGAAUUUCUUCUGGAGGGAGACAGCAAGUAUCUCCUCAAAUAAGCGUAAAUUUGUUAUAGAGUGUCGGGGCAGCAAGAAGAAGUAUACAUUCAUCACAGAGAGGUCCAGGACAGCCCAGUACCUAUGUAACCUCUGUUCGGCACAGCACAAGUUUAAUAAUGAGAUGUAUUCCCGUCAGCUGAGCCACAGCCUGGUCUCGGAGGACAACAUCGUGCAGUAUGCAGCAGUGUGCCGGACUCAGAGCAACCAGCUCAAGUCCCUCUCAUGUUCUGAGACGCCACAAAAUGACAGCGGACUGACCACACCGCAGGAAGAGUCCUUGACCAGACUGUGUGAUGAUGUCACAGCCCGGAUCGAGGACCGCGUGAAACAGCACAGCAUCCAGCGCAGUAGCACUGGGAUGCGCUCCCCGGCCUGCUCUCAGAGGAGUGGAUCUGAAGCCCAAUCUGGAUCCCUGGCAGCCAGAGAAACCUCACCUAAACUGGGAGCAGCAUCAGACAGAGAAGUCAUAUGUGUUUCCUUAAAGAAAGACCCCAAACUUGGACUAGGUAUAGUGAUGGUGGGAGAGGACACUGUAGGCCGGUAUGACUUAGGCAUCUUUAUUGCCUCCGUUGUACCUGGUGGACCCGCCGAUAAGGACGGUCGCAUCAGAGCAGGUGGCCGUCUCAUCUCUUUGAACAACAUCAGCCUGGAGGGCGUCACUUUCAGCGAGGCAGCGGAGGUCAUGCAGAACAGCCCCGAGGAGGUGCAGCUCAUCAUCUCACAGCCAAAAGGUGCUCCAUGUGUAGUUUCCCUCAGUCCCAACAGCGCUCGCUCUCCUUUGUUAAGGAAAUACGAUUCCCAGUCUACGCUGAUGCUGGACGGACGAUCGGGAGACAACAGCCUCGACGAGAUUGUUUCAGAACAAAUGACGCCAAAGACCAGCAACAGGUUGAACGUCCCCCGUGAAGUACGAGUCCCUGGGACACAGGACGGCUGCCCCCCGUCUCCCUCUCUGAACUGUGUGAGGCCCGAGGAGAUCACUGUGGAGCUCAGGAAGAUAUCAGGAAGUCUGGGCAUCAGCAUCUCUGGUGGCAUGAACACUAGCCUUCCUAAUGGACAAGUCUACAUCAAGAGCCUUGUUCCAGGAGGGGCUGCUGAGAGAGAUGGACGUUUGCAUACAGGUGACAGACUUCUGGAAGUGGAUGGGAUUAACUUCCACGGAUUCACCUACCAGCAGGCUGUGGACUGUCUGAGUAAAACUGGGGAGGUGGUCUACUUCGUCGUUGAGCGCGAAUCUGUCAACCUACCCAAAGUUUCUGUCAGUGCUGACACCAGCAGCACAUCCAGCCAGAGCCUCAGUCCAGCCGCCAGGCAUCCGAGACUCAACAGCUCCCCCACCGUCAGUAAUUCUCCAAGCACGGCGUCUGACCGAGCCAGAAGCUUCGCCACUGAUGAAAACACCCAGCAAGUGAUGCUGACCAAGAGCGCCAACGGCCUGGGCUUCAGCUUCCUCAUGUGUGAGCUGGACCCACCGAGACGGGACUUCGGCAGCCUCAUCCGGAUAAAGGAGCUUUUUCCCGGCCAGCCCGCAGAGCAGAGCGGCAAAAUCCGGGAGGGAGACGUCCUGCUAGCCGUCAACGGCCAGUCGCUCAAGGCCCUGUCCUAUCCAAAGGUGAUAAAGCUGUUCAAGACUUCACCGCCUGAAGUGCAGCUGACUCUCUGCCGCCCUGCACCAGGGAGUCUUCCCUCCAUGGACCAGUUCUCCGGCACAUGAGUGAUCUCCCAGAGUCCCACAGCGGCAGACAUUCAGAAGCAAACGCGAGCUUUCUAACAGAGCAGGACGUGUCCAUGCAGGCUGACGGAGCCGGCCCGAUCGGCCGACAGGUGCAUUAAGCUGAAUCAACAGAGCCCAGCACAACAGCAGAAAGAUACCUGGAGGAGCGUGAGGCGUUUGGUGCUCCAGAAUCACGACCUUCAAAGACUAACAUUAAACAUGUUUUCCAUAGAAGAUGUGUCACAGAAUAAUGUCCAGCAGGACGAAGAUGAGGCUGGGGAACGGAAAGGCUGGAAGCCAAAUAUGAGUGACUGAGAACAGAACACCUCGAUUAUAUGAAGUCUGUGAAAGGCCUCAAGAGGAGCAAAACAUGAGUGAAGAUUACUGAAAAAUAACUGUAUUUCAUUAAAAGGAACAUAACCGUCA